CUUCCAUGCAGUGUACAUUGGUAUAAAUAAAAAAAAAAGUUUGAUUCCAUUUUUAAAUUUAGAAUAGCGUAUGUGAAUAAACUGUACUGGGAUAUGUGAGAAUUUUUUUUUCGUUUUUUUUUUUAAACAAGUUUAACGGCCAGUGGUAUUGACUGCGGAGAAUGAACUUUGCGGGUCGUUAAGCUGGGACACAAUAAAGAUGGAACAAAUAAUUAUUUUGAUACUUUCAUCUAUUCUGUUGAUCUCAACACAGUUUCAAAAAACUAUAGCAGAUGGUAGCAUCUUAUCUGCAAUCUUAACUCCAACUGAAAGCGCAACAUUGCAACGUCAAGAGAGAAGCUACUACGAAAGAUACGGAGCGAGACGUCCCUUGUAUGACAGACUGGACUAUGACAGCAGAUGUGGAAGAUGUGAUGACCGUUAUGAUGACAGAAAUGAUGAUAGAGAUGAUUAUGACAGGGGAAGAGAUAGAUACGACGAUGACAGAAGAUCAAACCGACCGACAUCUGGCAACCGGCACGAUCAAAAAGAUUAUGACGACGAUGACAGAAGCUAUAGCAACGAUAGAAAGAACGGACAUAAGAACGGCACUGAAGAUGAGAAUGAUACAGACAAGAAAAGACCACACGACGACAAAGAUAGACCGAGUAGCGGCAGGAAAGGUAACAGGGAUAGACAUAGACACGAAGACAGAGAUAGAUAUAGACCUGACUAUUACGACAGAUUUUUAAGAGACCCGUAUAGGCAUGAGAGACCGUACUACGAUGAUCCGUACAGAGAACGAAGACCAUAUGACAGGUAUAAUCCUUACUCCGAUCGAUUUGAUGAUGGGUAUGGAGGUAGAUAUGACGGGUAUGCCUACAAUGGGUACAGGAGACCUUAUUACGACGAUCGUUACGACAGAGGAGGUGCAUAUGAUGCGUAUGGAGGGUAUGGACCAAGUGUAGGAAGGGGACCACACGAUAGUUUCAGGCCGUGGGACGAGACUUACCGCGGCCAGUCGGGAUGGGAUGCCGGCGGCCGAGGGUACUACUUCGCAUCAGGCAGGCCUGACAACGCCCAGUCCCAAUACUGGGGACGACCUGAAUACUCUAGACCACAAUCCAGUUCCAGCGGUUGGCAGGGUGUUGGAUAUUCGAGCGGUUACAGAGACCCCGCACUGGACUACCGCGGCUCUUUUGGCUAUGGUCAAACUGGAGGGUACCGACAAGACGUCAGCUCUUAUGGACAAUCCAGUGGAUGGCAAAGCGUCGGAGAAAGAAGACCUUAUAGAGAUCAAAGCGGCGUCAGUCAAUUAGACAACAGCAACCCUGAUAGCAGAUACGGUCAACCAGUCUACGGACAACAAAACGGUUUCCAGCCCAAUAGUUACGGUGUGAGCAGCACAACGCUAGCCACGAGCUACUUGUACGAGCGAGAAGGCGAUAAUAUAGUGACAGCUAAACCAGAUGACAACACCACUAAGCCGCCAUCUUAGAUUUUUGAAUAGCUUGAAUCUUUGUUGUAUAUGAGUAUGCCUAAGUAAUAAAGUCUACCUAUCUAACGCUUUUUAAAAUAAUAUUCUUUAGCUUUUAAUUUAAUUUUAGUUGUAAUAAGAGCCGUUUAACUCAAGCGCUGAGUCCUGGGAGCGCCAGCGAAUGUAUACGUAGAAUGUACCAGGUUAAUGGACGCCAAACUAAUUUUCGCACUCAGGCGCUCAUAUGGUUC